AUGGCUCCAGGAGAUGGCUCUGACCUGUUCUGGUAUGAUGGCACUAUAGACGCAGAUCGACGAAGCCCAGAGCCCAAAGAUGGUCCUACUUUUGCGCGUGCUGCCCAGACCUUUAGUUCCAAACGAAAGGCCUCGCAGUUUUCUCUUCGCAGCCUGACCAAGUCGUUGUCCAAACGCCCCCGCCUCGUGGCCUUUCGUCAAUGGGCGGUGAAUAUAUAUCACGAUAGCAGCCGUCGCCUGACUGAAGCAUAUCGUCGCCUCAAGUACCAGCGAAGAUUUGGUGAGUUUAGGGCAUGGAAAGGAAUUGGGCGGCGACGACAACGACCACAACCAGCUGAUGAUGUGAAGGACAAAUCCGCCCAGCCAUACGGGGUCUUCAAGUAUGAGAGUGGUCCAGGGAAUCAAGAGUGGUGGAAAGAUGGGGUGACGAGAUAUCGAGCACCAUCCUGGAUGUUUCGUGCUAAAUAA